AUGGAUAUCAUUGUGGGGUUGCCUUGCACUUCCCUUGGUCUUGACAGUAUUUGGGUCAUCGUGGAUCGAUUGACCAAGUCAACAAACUUUCUUCCUGUUCAUACUUCCUACAGUGUCGAGAGGUUGGCUCGUAUCUACAUUCUAGAGGUGGUUCCCUUGGGAAAGUUUGUGUACAAUAAUAGCUACCACUCUAGUAUUCAGGUGUCCCUGUUCGAGGUCUUAUAUGACAGGCGUUGUCUCUUUUUGGUUGGUUGGUUUGAGUCUACGAAGCCCAGGCCGUGCGGUAUAGAUUUGAUGCAGGAGGCCUUAGAUCACGUGAGGGUGAUUCAGGAUAGGCUCUGGACAACUCAGAGUAGGCACCAAAGUUAUGCAGAUCGUAGGCCUCAACCGUUGAGAUUUUCUAUUGGUGACAGAGUAUUCCUCUGUGUAUCUCCCAUGAAAGGUGUGAUAAGAUUUGGGAGGCAGGGCAAACUUAGCCCAGCUAUUCAUUUGAUCUUUCAUGUUUGGAUGCUGCACCGGUAUGUUCUAGAUGAGUCCCAUGUUCUCCAGUAUGAUACGAUUGAGUUGGAUGAUCAUCUGAGCUAUAUUGAGGAGCGAGUUGCUAUUUUGGCUAGAGAUGUCAGAAAGUUGUGA